AUGCCGGCUAAGUGGUGUCCUGAAGCCUUAAACUAUAUUGUAGAUGCCACCAACCGCCUACCAAUGGCCCGGCUGGGGAUGAAGACCCCGUAUGAGUUACUGCAUCGUAAGAAGCCCAAUGGCUUGGCACUCAGAAUUUGGGGUACAACAUGCUAUGCACAUGUACAAAAAACAAAGCGAACAGACCCAAACCUCGGUGAUCGGGCAAUCGAGUGUAAGCUUUUGGGGCUGACACCCAAAUAUAAGGGGUAUCGGCUGCUAGACGUCAAGGCAAAUAAGUACCUAAUCUGUCGCGAC